AUGGAAUCACCGGCCAUGUCGAGCUAUACUCAUACUCCCACUGGCAGGCUUAAUCGCCGUGGCCUGGGCAACGCCUGCCACCUCUGCCGCCACCGCAAGAUCCGCUGCGACAGGGCCAAGCCCGCCUGCGAAACCUGCCGCCUGGCUGCGGUUCCCUGCGUCUUCACUCCGUUGCCAGCCCGCCCCCGGAAAACGAUCCAUCAGAAAUUGGCCGAUACCAGGGCCCAGAUCCAGCAAUUAGAGGAGGAGUUGCGGGCACAGAAACGCCCGUCUCCCAUUCUGCGCUAUGCCGGCCCGCGUCUGGAGGAGCCAGGCAGAUUCGACACGGCCAUUGCGGCCUUUCAGUGGCAUAUGCCAUUUUUCGAUCCAGACCCGAUAUUCGACUUGGAUGAAUUCUACCGCGAGUUAAUUGAGGAGGCGGGGUCUCCAUGUGAAAGCGAGCCCACGAGUUUCGGCAUCGUAAAAUGGCCGUCUGCUCGUCUAGUCCGGUGCGCCUUGCACUAUUACAAGAGCACCGGCCUGUAUUCGGUGUUCCCAGCUGUCGAUGUGGAUGAAGUAGAUCGUAUUCUCAACAGCAGCAACUUUGAUCUCGAAGGCGAGUCGAUUGAUGUUGCGAGUCGGGCCUGUCUCGCUGCGUUUACGGCUCUUGUCACUGGUCUUCGCCGCGAUGAGCCUGUCUUCGUUGCAAUAGGAGCUGAUCCCAUUGCCUAUGUCAGGGCAGCUCUUACUCUACUGCCUGAAUUGGCUAUGCAUGAUACCAACGUACGGGCGCUGGAAGCCUUACUAUUACUUACACUUUACAUCUGCCCCCUCGGCCUCCCACAAACCGGCGAGGUUCUACUCUCCAUGGCCGUGAAAAUCCUCUUCAAUCUAGGCGGAAACACCAAAAACCCAAAGCAGAACGGCCAACACCUCCGGGCUCUGUUCUGGGUUGCAUACGGAAUCGACAAAGAGAACUGCCUCCGCCGGUCUCGACCACCCUUAAUCAACGACGCAGACUGCGACCUGGACCUCCCUGGUACCUAUGUUUCAGAAUACGCCGACUACCACUUCUUCGGCGGGGAAAGCUCCCCCUCGUCCACUGCCCUCCUCUACCCAGCGGAUCUCCGCAUGGCCAUUCUCAAAUCCCGAAUCUACCGCCUCCUCUACUCCGUCGAGGGCCAGAGACAGUCCAUGGCCAGACGUCUGCAGUAUAUCCGCGAACUCGACCAAGAGCUCAGCGACAUGAAGGCAGACUUUCCCCACCGGUGCCAGCCAGACGGGUUCGCGUGGGGGAGUGUACCCGAUACCCUCUUCCACGACCUUAACCUGCGCGGCGUGUCUAUACACUUGGGAUACUACUUCUGCCUCACGAAGAUCCACGCCGCCGCUUCCAUGGGCAAUGAUAGUUUCUCGCCCCCGCCCCCGUCGAGCGUCGAGGUAUGCUACCAGGCUGCGCGGUCUACCUUGCUAUACAUCAGCCGGGUCCGGCAGGGCAUUAUUCCAGAGACAUACUGGAUCUACGCCCAAUUCAUAAUCACGGCCGUCCUCGCGCUGUACCGACGCUUACUCGUCGCUCCAGACGGGUCAUACGUCUACGACGACAUUCAGAUCAUGGACGAGAUAGCAGGUAUAUUUUCCCGAUUGUAUAAUUCCUCCUGCGAUGCUGGGCGGCCGUUUGCGCCGUAUAUGAUUACCGAGCGGUUCGUUUCGAAGAUUACGGCGUUGGCCAGGGAGAGGAUUACCUGA